UGUGUGCUAGGUUAGUUGUGAAUAAUUGUAACUAUUUCCCUAUAUAUACAAUAAUGAUAAAACAUGCAUUAUUUAAACCAAGAUUUAUUUUAUAAAAAGCAUGUAUUUGCAGGUUUUGGUAAUCCUCUAGUUGAUAUUUCAGCAUUGAUUAAAUCUGAUGAAAUUCUAGAAAAGUUUAACCUCAAACCUGAUGGGCAAUGUGAGGUUAAUGAACAUGAUAUUUCUGAAAUGUUGAAGUUUCUGGACAGGGAGAACCAUGAAGUGAGGAAAAGUCCUGGAGGGUGUGUACAGAACACCCUGAGAAUCGUUCAAGCUCUCGUGAAACAGCCUCAGUUUUGUGUGUUCUUUGGAGGCCUGGGAAAUGACAGUGAUGGCGGGUUGUUGGAAUCAGAAGUAAAAAAGUGUGGAGUAGAAACCAGAUAUACAAAACACCCUGCGUACUCUACUGGAAAAGUGGCCGCAUUGAUACAUGGAGAUAAGCGAUCCCUCGUGGCUCACCUCGGAGCAGCAGAAGUCUAUCGCAGGGAAGACUUUGAGACAACCGAAAAUCUCAAAAUCCUAGAUGAAGUGUUAAUAGUAUACAUCGAAGGGUUUUUUAUCACUCAUAGCUUAGAAGUUGCUCUCGAAGUCAUUAAAAUAUGUAAAUCUAAAGGUGUCAUUGUUGCGUUCAACAUCAGUGGCGCGUAUGUAGCUGAAGCUCACUCGGAUAAAUUGUUAGCGACAGUCACUCUAGCCGAUAUAGUAAUAGGGAAUGAUUCCGAGUUCAAAGCUUUAGGAAAAAUAAUUAACUUAAGUUGUGAUACUUUGAAGGAUCUUGCCAUGGAAACAUUUUUGUUCCUAAAGAAACAAAAUAUUCCUAGUCAUAAGUUUAAGGUGGAAGGUGUGAAUGUUCUGAAUAAAGUGUUAGUCAUGACUCGAGGGAAAGCACCAGUGUACUGUGUGUUUGGAGAAGGGGAGAUUAUGGAGUUUGCUGUGCCGACAUUGGACGUUUCACUUAUAAAAGACACCACAGGGGCGGGCGACUCAUUUGCUGCUGCGUUUUUGUUGGCUUUGAUUCAAGGCAAAUCCUUGACAGAAUGUCUUGCGUUUGGAUGUGCCACAGCUCAUAAGGUUAUUCAAGAAGUUGGGGUUUAUUUAGGUGACAAAUGAUAUACUCGUCUUGAAAUGCCAUAGUCUGAAUUAAGAGCUUUAAUUGGGUUAGGCCUAUUUUACUUAGUUUUCUGCAACCUUUCUGUGAUAAUGUCUCUUUAUUUAUAUUAUUUAUAAAAUGUUGUUACACACCAAAUAAAGUUGUUGGUUAAAAAUGUAAAAACUUGUAGUGUACACUUGUUAUUCCUAAAUUGUGUUUGUAGAAGAAGUUAAAAGUAGUGAACUUAAAUGAAGUCAAAAAUAGAUUAAGCUCCAGUGAGUCAAUAAACCAUUGUAGUCCAGUCAUUUUAGGUAAAAAUACCCCUCUACCUGGAAAUAACUCCCUAAGUCACGAAACUUUGUAAAUGUGUAUUACUAGUACCCAGUAACAACAUAUCAAUUUCCAUAAGUAAAACCAUUGACUUUAUACCUGUAAACCAAUUAAUACAAACCUUAUAAGAAGCGAAAUGCUUGAAAGUCAACCUGGGAUUUUUGAAUUUUGGCAAGUUUCCGCGGCGGGGGCAAUGGGACUGCCACUAUAGUGUGAGUGAAACAAAGAAUACACAGAGAGAGAGGGGAGAGGCUAGCGCUAAACUAGUGGUGGCCGUGCAAAGCUCAUUUCGGCUGCAAAAUCCAGUCAGACUUUUCUCUAUAAGCAUUUUGCUUCUUAUAAGGUUUGUAUUCAUUGGUAAUACUCAUCUAACUAAAAAAAAAAUAAAUAUAGGUUCUGUUAGUAAUCCUGUUAAUCCUGGGAUUAAAAAUGCUAAUCCUAGGGUUUCUAGGAAUAAAAACCAAGUGGGAUUCCGGGAUUGAGACCCCUUAUUACUGUGAAGCUGUAGGUAAAAUAAAAAGUGCUACUACAAAACAAAUUCUUACCUAAGUCAACCUUCAUGUAUAACAAACCCUUGUAGUUGCAACUAGCUGUGUACCCGUUCUACGCACGGGGAUCUUAUAAUAUUCAGUUGAAACCUUCUUAUAUAACGAACAGCAGUUGGUUUGCAUAUUUUAAGAUAUGCUGGCCAAACUAUUAUACAUAGCUUCAUUUUAUGUUGUUUUUUGUUGUUCCGGAUCGGUAUGACAAUCAAUAAAAGGUUAAAUUACCUCUGUGUCUGCCGGUCGAUCCUAUAACGGUAGGCUUACUUUUAUUUUUACUAUCUGAUCUCGUUUGCAUGGCUCAAUCACGUCCUGGUUGAAGUUCGUUCGCUACGCUCACUCACCUGUAUGUUGGAGCUCGUUCGCUGCGCUCACUUUCCUUCAGGUUAGCUCGUUCGCUACGCUCACUUGCCUUCAGGUUAGCUCGUUCGCUACGCUCACUCGCCUCCAGGUUGCAAAUUAGCUGUUGUCAUAAAUGUAAAAGAAAUAAUAGUGCUAGUGCUGCACCCUGUUGGUAAUCCUUGUAACUUUAAUGCUAUUGAACAUCACAGAACAGAACCAACUUGUUUAAUUGAAACAGCUGUUAAGAUUCAAUAAUUUCAUUUCUCAUAAGGUUAACAUGGGCUUCCAGAAAUUCCACGUCAAAAAUCGACAAAAACUUGAUUUUCAAGGGUUUACUGUUAAAUA